AUGACGUCAUCUGCUUCUACAGCUACUCCUCUGAGACCUCAACAUGACUUUGAACUUCGUGUUGAAGAGGUCAAGGCCCCCAAAAGUGAUAUCAAUGCAUUGAUUCUGGACUACCUCACCAUGGAGGGAUAUCCAAACGCCGCAGCCAAUUUUUCCAAAGAGGCCAAUCUGGUCCCUCACCAGGAGACUCCUUCUAUCAUUGCCAGACAGGAAAUACAGAAUUGUAUCCAUAGCGGCAACAUUCAAACAGCUAUUGAAACAUUAAAUGAUUUCGAUCCAGAGAUCCUAGAUGAAGACAAGGCACUGCAUUUUUCUCUGCUACGACUUCAACUUGUCGAACUCAUUCGUACCUGUAACAUGCCUGGAGGCGAUAUUCGGCCUGCGCUUAAGUUUGCAACAGAACAACUGGGCCCCAGAGCACCCACAAACAGAAAGUUCCUUGGAGAUCUAGAAAAGACGAUGGCACUGCUCAUGUUCCCAUCGGACUCUCUUGAGCCAGAACUCGCAGCUCUGCUGAAGCCAGACCUGCGCCUAGAAGUAGCUGAUAACGUUAACCGUGCCAUUCUGGAGCGGCAAUCCCAAAGACGCGAGUCGGCUAUCCGCCAACUUGUGAGGAUGCGCGUUUGGGCAGAGACUACUGCUCGCGACAAAGGCAAAAGCCUGCCCGAGUGCCUGGAGCUCGAGGGCCUGGAGCUCGGCUUGAACGUGCCUGGCCUCGGUAGACUGCCUUCCCAGGCACGAAACGGCCACGACCCCAUGAUUACAACGUGA